ACAGUAUCAUUUCCCCUUUCGUUCACUACAAUCUUUCAAGAUCUUUAGAAUUUUUCAAUCCGGGAGUUCAAGAAUGGUUGAUUCCAAACUCCAAGGAUAUAUCCAACUUCUCUUCAUUUGGCUUCUGUCCACCUUCCUAGUUCUAACAAUACUGAAGACAAAACAGAGGAAGGCUCGUCGUCCACCCAGCCCACUAGCCCUCCCUAUCAUCGGACACCUUCACCUUCUUUCCCCUCUUCCUCAUCGAGAUUUUUACAACCUUUCCCUUCGCUAUGGUCCUAUCAUCCACCUUUCCCUCGGCUCUGUUCCUUGCGUGGUCGCCUCCUCUGCUGAAGCUGCCAAAGAAUUCCUUAAAACUCACGAACUUUCUUUCUCCAAUCGACCAGCUCGAACUGUUGCUGUCCGGCACUUGACCCUAUUCAUGUCUGAACUUCUAGGCGGGAAGAUGCUCGACCAGCUCCUUUUGGUGAGGGAGCAAGAGACGAAGAGAUUUCUGAGAACUUUGCUUCAGAAAGGGAAGGUCGGCGGCGAGGCGGUGGAUGUUGGAGCAGAGCUCAUGGUGCUUUCGAAUAACAUUGUAUCCAGAAUGACUGUGAGUAAAACGAGCUCUCAAAAUGAAGAUGAAGCCGACGUGGUGAGGAAGUUGGUGAUCGAUGCCGCUGAGCUCUCCGGGAAGUUUAACAUAUCGGACUUCAUCGCGUUCUGCAAGAUAUUUGAUUUGCAGGGAUUCAACAAGAGGUUGAAGGAAGUCCGAGAGAGGUUUGAUACCAUGAUGGAAAGAGUAAUAGAAGAGCACCAAGAAGAAAGGAGGAGGAGAAAAGACACGGGCAUUAGAGGAGAUCAGACCAGGGAUAUACUGGACGUUUUGUUAGACAUACACGAAGAUGAGAACUCGGAGACGAAAUUGACAAAAGAGAACAUCAAGGCGUUUAUCAUGGACAUAUUUGUGGCAGGGACAGACACAUCCUCCAUAACCAUUGAAUGGGCUCUGGCAGAGUUAAUCAACCAUCCGCGCGUAAUGAAGGAAGCAAGACAAGAGAUUGAUUCAGUAAUCGGAAAGACCAGAAUAGUAGGGGAGUCCGACAUAGUGAAACUCCCUUACCUUCAAGCCGUAGUCAAAGAAACGAUGAGGAUUCACCCUGCGGGCCCAUUGAUCUUCAGGGAAUCGUCAAGAAGCUCUGUAGUGUGUGGAUACGAGAUUGCAGAGAAGACCCGGUUAUUUAUAAACGUGUGGGCUAUUGGCAGGGAUCCCAGUCAGUGGGAGAACUCUCAUGAGUUUAGGCCAGAGAGAUUUAUGAGCGAAGACGGAAAAGGUCAAUUAGAUGUUAGGGGUCAGCAUUUUGAAUUGAUUCCUUUCGGGAGCGGAAGAAGAGGAUGUCCUGGAACGUCACUGGCUCUUCAGGUUGUGCACGCCAAUCUUGCAGCUAUGAUUCAGUGCUUCGAAUGGAAGGUAAGUGGCGCGAUUAGCAUGGAGGAAAAAGCCGGGAUUACCCUUCCAAGGGCUCACCCCCUUAUUUGUGUCCCCGUGCCCAGGCUUGAUCCAUUUCCUUCUGUAUCUUGGUGAGAUCAACGUACGGUUCUCUCAAAUGGCAGUGAUGGAAACCUGUGUUUGAGUUUUAAAAUUUGAUUUUUCUUGUAUAAUAUUUAGUUUUUUUCAUUUUAAAUAAGAUAUUUAUAGGGUUUAACAGGGAUUAAGAUCAGAUCUGUGCAAAUGAAGUUAAGAUUGCUUUCUGGGUUCGGCUUUCUUGAAUGAUUUAAAUGAAGAUGACUUUUUUUAGUCCCUCCCUUCAGUUAAAUUAAGAU